GGAGAGCAGGACUAGACUUGUUUAUUGUUUGGACCGAGAAUUACCAUGUCCAAACGUAUUAUCCCCACAAGUGGUGCCAAACCACCCGGCACCAUGUUGUCCAGUGCGGCACAACGUCGACUGAGCCCCACCGGCGCUUCGGCGGUUGCCGGCCGUGCGACUCCGCAGCUGAAAUCGGACCGGAUUAAAACCAGUGCGGCCACGACGGGCGCAAUGCCAACUUCCACAAGGCCGGGACGGGGUGGGGCUGCUAGAACAUCUCCGGGUUCCUCCGCGCGCGGCGUCGCGACGAGCCAGCCGGUUGUUUCCUCUGCAACAAUCAGAACUGCAAAGAGAACUGCAACUGCGGCGCCGGGGGGCGGACCAACGUCGAGCAGUAGUUCUUCCUUUACUAGACCACGAACAAUCGCAGGCCCUGCUGGAACAACAAGCUCCUCCAGGACUACCGGUAGCAAUAGUCAGAGAAGCAGACCCGGAGGUCGUGUGGGACUUUCGAAGAAGAAGCCACCAGCAAAUCGCGGAAAUCCAAAUCAGCAGCAGCGGUCAGGAGCCGGUAAUAUUAAAUCCGCGUCUACAGAAGACGAACAGCUUCCAGCAGAUCUUAUAAAAUACACCACUA